UUUGUUCUAACCCUACAGUGUUCUCUCCGCAGGUCCGUUUACUCGACCUCAUCCGGCCUUAUGGCGAAUGGUUUUUGGACUCAGUGUGCUCUACUUCCUGUUCCUGGUCUUCCUCCUCUUCCUGAACUUUGAGCAGGUGAAAUCCCUAAUGUACUGGCUAGAUCCGAAUCUUCGAUACGCCACGAGGGAAGCAGAUGUCAUGGAGUAUGCUGUGAACUGCCAUGUUAUCACCUGGGAGAGGAUUAUCAGCCAUUUUGAUAUAUUUGCAUUUGGACAUUUCUGGGGUUGGGCUAUGAAGGCCUUGUUGAUCCGUAGUUAUGGUCUCUGCUGGACCAUCAGUAUUACGUGGGAGCUAACGGAGCUUUUCUUCAUGCAUCUCCUGCCCAAUUUUGCUGAGUGCUGGUGGGAUCAGGUCAUUCUGGACAUCCUGUUGUGCAACGGCGGUGGCAUCUGGUUGGGCAUGGUCGUUUGCCGGUUUUUAGAGAUGAGGACUUACCACUGGGCAAGCUUCAAGGACAUCCACACCACCACCGGGAAAAUCAAAAGGGCUGUGCUCCAGUUCACUCCUGCUAGCUGGACCUACGUCCGAUGGUUUGACCCUAAAUCUUCAUUUCAGAGAGUGGCUGGAAUAUACCUUUUCAUGAUCAUCUGGCAGCUGACUGAGUUGAAUACCUUCUUCCUGAAACAUAUCUUUGUGUUCCAAGCCAGUCAUCCAUUAAGUUGGUGUAGAAUUCUCUUUAUUGGUGGCAUCACGGCUCCCACAGUGAGACAGUACUAUGCUUACCUCACCGACACACAGUGCAAACGCGUGGGAACACAGUGCUGGGUUUUUGGGGUCAUUGGUUUCCUGGAAGCAAUUGUUUGCAUAAAAUUUGGACAAGAUCUCUUCUCUAAGACCCAAAUACUCUAUGUUAUACUUUGGCUUCUUUGUGUGGCUUUCACCACCUUCCUGUGUCUGUAUGGCAUGGUGUGGUAUGCAGAUCACUAUGGUCACCGAGAAAAGACCUACUCAGAGUGUGAAGACGGCACCUACAGUCCAGAUAUCUCCUGGCCUCACAGGAAAGGUACAAAAGGUUCUGAAGACAGCCCACCCAAGCAUCCAGGCAACAACGAAAGCCAUUCUUCCAGAAGAAGGAAUCGACAUUCCAAGUCGAAAGUCACCAAUGGAGUUGGAAAGAAAUGAAAGACCCUGGUUAAUCAAAGAUGUUCCAGAGAGUGCCUAGAACUAAGAGGGAAACGGAAUCAUUUGGGCCUCCCUGCUAGGAGGUUAAAACAUACAGUGCAAACGGGAAGAGGAGAGGGGACUUUCAGGGUGUCGUUAUUUGAGGGUGUAAGUCUUGCUUCCCAUAGACCUGGCCACAUCAGGCAGACCACUGCCUGGGGCCCUUUGCCAACGUGGAGUCUGUUCUAACGUCAGCACUUGGCAUGCGGUCACCAGUAGCAGUACAGUGUGUUCGAAGGAAAAGGUAGCUAUUUACUCACAGUUGCCAAGAGCAGCUUUGUGCUUGUGUGUAUUGUGGAUACCUGUUAAACAUCUUCAUUCGGACACGACAUUAACCGUACAGUUAAUGUACUGGUCACCAGUUUUGGUUUUUUAUGACUCUGCCUUUCCAUUUGAUUGGUUUACAUUCUGGACACUUUCCUGUCUUUUGUUUCAUUGUUGUUUUUUUGUUUUUAAGUUAGGGUGCUUAAAAGCCUUCAGAAGCCGCUGCUGAAAUUGAAUUGGGGAGGGCUACCCUCUCUUCUAGAAAAACAAAAGGGAGAGCUUUUGUGUUACUGAUUAGCAAACCUCAUACCCUUUUUAGGACCUUAAACCACACGGCGGAUGUAAACCAGUCUGAGGAAAGGUUAGCUACCCAUAUAGGAUCCUGGGCUUCAGAUUAAAACCUUUUUUGGUACCAUUCUGAAUGUCACUGUCCAGGCUUAUCCACACACAGUGCACAGACGUGAACCUGCUCGAGAGGCAGUGCACACCGCGGCUUCUGCCCCAGCCAGGUGCCUUUUACAUUUUGUGUUCCUUCCAUGGUGUGUUGCUGACAUUGUCUUUUAAUCCUAUGUGAGGUGCUGGUGAGUAUUACCUUUCAUCCAUGCCAUGCUCUAGAAUGUUUACCUGAUAGUUUUAUCACUUCUGAUGGCUCCUUGUUUUAAAUAAAACAAUUCACAUUAAAGCCCAUCAAAGAUCUGUCUGUAAAA